AUUCACAACCGCUGGCGUACGAGUCAAAUAUAAAAUUGACUAUUUGUUUUCUCAUCUCCGCGCAGUUGAAAGUUCCAACAGGUUUUCGAGGACGACGGCGGGAACGAGAUAAAAAUGUGCGCCCAUUUAGACCAUUCUAUAUCACACAACGAGAGUGCGCAAUACAUAGGAGCGUGUCCUGUGCACAGUGUCAGGCGUGGUUAUCUUUGAUAUGAAACAAAAAAGUCAUGGAUUUUCAGAUAGUGUAGCUAUGUAUACCUUUCACAGGAGGUGUAGUGGGAGACUCAAUAGAUUAGGCGUGAGUCUUACUAUAUAACGGUAUACAAGCAUAGCCGAAUUUUGAUUUUAAAAGGAAAAAAUUAAAUGGGCCAGCACCGAAAUGAAUUCCAUCUUCUAAUAGCUUUAGAAAUUUCAAUGGUAUAUCUUUUUACUUCAUCUUGCGCAUGAGUGUGCAUAUGUUAAAAGGUGUGCAGUAUUUGUCGACGUGUAUCGGUGAUUUACUGCUCAUUCAUUUCACGUCUGGAAGGAAGAGAACGACUCUGUUUGACAGCAGUAAUGUUCAGAGACGGUCGACGGACAAUAUCCAAGGGUUGUAUAGUCAAUGGGACUCGACUCCUUUUGUUCAUUUGAACCCGGGAGGUGUGACGUGUAGUGUGGUGAAUCAAUUUGGAAAAUGCUAUUCUUUAAAUUCGUCACUUGUCUACAGCGCUCUAUUUGAUGUUUGGCGCUCUUCUCUACUUCCCGGUGCGACUGGCCAAUAUCAAGAUGGAAAUUGUCAAUCUGAUUGCGUCAAAAUUGACUACCAGUGCAAGCGUUGCUCCGGUUGGAACUCAUCCAAUCAUGGCGGAAUCGAUCGAAAUUGCUGCAGCAGAAAUUCAAGCUGACGAAGAGAUAAUGAUAAGCGGAAUUAUUCCACCCGCAAUUAUGCUUCGCCCAUUGACAGUUUGCAGCACAAAUGGCUGUGGGACUUGUGAAAAUCAAACGAGUCAAGGUGGAAUUAUUUCUUCUCCCGAUUAUCCAGAAGACUACGGCAACGAUCGUGCUUGCGUUUACACCAUUCGAGUGAGCAACGACCAGAAAAUUCAACUAUCUUUUACUGUGUUCCACGUCGAGUUUCAUUACGACUGGAUUGACAUUUAUGAUGGAAUAACACCAUCUCAGAUUUCACCGAACAUUACGCUAGGUUUCUCUUUAACCGGAUACGACUUAUUACCGAUAGACAGGAAUUCUACUUUGAACGUGAUGACGAUUCACUUUGUAUCGGAUCACGAUAAUUCCGAGCUGCCAAUGGGGGAAAUUGCUCGAUGGCAAGCGAAAUAUACGGCGAUCUGAAUCUGCAUGAUCUGAUUUGCGGGAAAAAUUGACAAGCUAGGUUUCAAAUUUUGGACGGAAAUUGAAAAUUGAAAAUUGAAAUUACUAACUAUUAUACAUUUUUGAGAUUAAUUCAAAAGACCUGCGUCAAUUGUCAAUUGCAUUUCCAAUAAAUACCAUACAAGGCGAUAUAAGGUGUGUGCAUGGGCUGCGUCUAGUGUGUAUAAAAAAAAUACCGUUGACAGAAGAAACAAUUUUGAACUUGAAACCAGAUAAAUAAAAUCAACAACGGCCAAACUGGAUGUAGUAUCCGUCAAGCUAAAAAAUAUUAAAUUAUUUUUUUUUCCAGGAGUGUCCAUGCCCUAGUGUCCGUAAAUAAUUUGCUGUCAAGACUGCUCAUCCGCUUAUCCGUAAUAAUGGUGACCUCCUCCGUAAUGUCUUCGUCAUUUUCAUGAAACAAAAAAAAUUACGUUAAUUAUUUACAUUUAUCUAUUUCAAAUUUUGAAGAUGAAUGAAGUAAAAUUACCCGUGUCCAUGUCCACCAUAUCGGCCGUAGCCUCCGUGAUGGCCAUGACCGCCGUAAUGAUGGUGGUGAUGACCUGUACAAAAACAAAUUAUAUUAAUUCAUUAUUAUUCAACACUCAAAAAAUAGCAAGGAAUUCAAAAGGUAAACGACAUUUCAAUCUAAUAUUUAUUUUUACCUCCGCCGUGUAAAAGCUUUUUAGCUAGCAGGAGACCCAAAAUGGGAGAGCGUUUCUGACGUUCAUCAGCCUCUGCUACCAGUGCGACGACCACCAGCACAAA